UGAACUAAAAUAUUUUUAGAAUAAGUAAGUAAAUUAGUACUUGUUUCAAAAUGUCUAAAAUAUUGAAUGAGAAGAGAAAUGUAAGCAUCAGAGUAUCUGAAGCAAUGGGAAUGAUAUCACCACUAAUCCAUAUCGGGCAGUUCAAGAAAGAUGCCUCACAAGUACUUGAUGAAUUUCACAUGAACAUUGAUAAGAAAAUAUCAGACACACCAGAAGAUGUUGCUCGUGAUCUGAACACGAAUGUUGAAACUGCAACCGAGUUGAUGGAAGUUUGUAGUCCAAAUAAGCUUGAAUGUCCUCGAGAGAAAAACUUCCAUCGUUGGGAAGAUGUCAAGCUUAUUCCUACUGAUUCUGGACUGGAUACUGUGAAGGCAUGGAUAAAGUUGAAUAAAACGAGGAAUCUAGAAAAGAAAACUAUUAUUCUCAAGAGUAAAUACACUGAAUAUGAUUGCAACUUGGAAAAUCAGCUAUCAUCAAAGCCUGCGAAGAAUAAGGAAGAUAAAAUAAAAUGUCCAGAAACUGUGAUAACAAUUGGUGUCAAUUUUCCAAGAUCAUAUAGAACAUAUAAACACACAACUGUUGAUUAUAGAGUUUUAGGAUCUCAGAAAUUGACAGAACUCAGAGAUAUAAUACCAUGUGCAAUAGAUCAGCAACCAGUUGGUAAAUUUACUGAUAAUCCAGAUCAUCCUCGUGAUAUUAAAUGUAAAGAUUUAUAUAAAGCUGGAUUCUUUUUUAUUGAAAAUACUUUUUACAAUGAUCACCGAUACGAAACUCAAAAUGACAUAUCCAAAAUUAUUUUCGACUGGGUAGAAGCAAAUGGUGCGGAAAUGCCCUCAGAUUGCAAAUGUCUUAAUAUGGAAGACUAUACAUUUGAUGAUUUAGAUUUGUGUCUCGGCUCACCUUAUCUCUACAUGCAUCAGGGCAAUUGUGAACAUGUCAUAAUAUUCAAGGAUAUCAGAUUGCUUCAUUCGGACGACUGCCAAUCAAGAUCAAAUUACCCCCUUUCCAUAUCUCGUGCGAAGUUCAAGUCUUUUAUAUGCAAGGUAUGUAAUUUUUUCGUUGCUACGUGGUUGACAAGAAAUGAUGAAUUAUCUGACGAAGAUCCAUCUUUUUUCUGUGAUGCUUGCUUCAGGAUGCUUCAUUAUAAUAAAGAUGGCUCGAAAGCGGCAGAUUUUGUUGCAUAUCCAUUUGUCAACCGGGAAGAGUUGGCAUAUUGAAGGGAAGAAAUCAUAUGCAAGUUACUUGGAUGAUGAUUCCACAGUUGAGCUCCAAAGCUUCAUGAGCAACAUAAUGCGCCCUUGUGAUUGAUGUUUGCAAUUUGCAUUUGGUGAUGGGUGGUCACUGGUCAGGCAAUUACAGCCAAGAAAUCAAUUUAAAAGAUACUGAUAAAUAGCAUAGCAUUGGUUGGUAAGACAAAACGCAAAGGUUCAAGUCGACAAAAAUUCUUCAGAGUGGUGGCUAAGUGAGCUUUCGGAUGGUUCGAAUGCGUAAAUGUUAGUUAUUCCAGUAUGAAGAGCAAGUCUCUUGCAUUGUAUACACUGAAAUAUUUUCUUGGUGUCUACUUUUUAAGGCUUGAAUGUAUUUUCGCCUUUUUAAUGAGGAUCGAACUCCUAUAAUUUUUCA